AUCGUCACCCGCCGCGCAACAAUGCGCCCGUAUAUGAAGGCGCGCGCGCCAAGAAUCGAAUUACGAGCUGACUCACUCCACCACUCGCCCACGAGCUAGCUAGGAGCCACCAUAGCCCCUAGGACGUACAGGAUCGAUGCCGCCAUUGGCCGCCGGCGCCGCAACAUCGUCGCGGUGCGGCCCCUUCGCAUGCCGCCGCGGUGCCCACCAUCAGCGCGCGCAGGCAGUGGCACCGGCGGCAGCUGAUUCCGGGCAGGGGUGCGGCCGGCCGCUGGUGGGCCGCGCGGCGGGGCUCGUCGGUGGCGGCAUCGCCGCGGCCUUCUUCGCGUCCCUGGAGCGCUGCGCCUGCGUCGAGGUCCGCACGACCGACGACCUCGCCGACUGGGAAGCCGAGCCGCUGAUGCCGCGUGACGACAACGGCGCCGCGGCCCGUAACGUUAACACCGCGAGGAAGAGCAAGAGGACGGCUGCACGCGCCGGCGCCGGGAAGGGCAGGAGGGGCGGCGGCGCCGGCUUUGGGUGCUGCGAGAAUAGCAAUUAGUCAUACUCAUCGUGUGCCCAUUAUUUGGCUCAAGAAUUUCUCGCUGGUUUAUGUGUGUAUGUGAGCUUACGUUUGGCGUGAUUCAGUAGGAUCCGAGACCAUGCAUGCACGGUGCUUUGUACGAACCCUAUAAGGUUAACGUUCGA